CAUCAAUCUGGUCCAUCUGGAUGUGUCUCUUGCUCUUGAUGUUUGUUGCUCAAGGCAUUUACGGUAACUAAGACUUUUCCGAUUGCUCGGCUUAGAAACGACUACCAUAUACACGAGAGUACGUACACCAAGAUAUCUGAAAAAGGAGCUCUUUGUGUUUUCGAGUGACAUUUUCUGAGAGGUGGGAGCUUGGACAAGUUGCUCAAAUGGAGGGUGGCAGUGGCAGCGAAUGCGACAGCGAUAUGCCGGCUGGCACUGGGCUCAAAACCGGGUCCGUGCUAUCUGACAGGAGAGCCGCUGCAGGGAACACUCAACUCGUGAACCUGGAAACCUUGGAAUCUUGAGCGCCUCCUUCACUGGGAUGCAGCUAUUGCCCACGGUGGUGGUGAGGACGUAUGUCGGUGGUUUCCAAGGGCUGAGCAAUGGUCCUUCUGCCUUCUGGAGUCCAGGGUCCUGAGAUUGAUGGAAGGUACCAUGCCCGGAGCUCUGUAUUGCCUUCUUGCCUUCUCAACAAUCACACCCACUCGCUUCCUGCCGCAUCGUCCUAGGUACUGCAGACGGAAGGAACAAAGGGGGAAGGGAGGGACCCUGAAUAUCUCCUCCGUCAAGUUGAUUACUCGGAAGCACCGCAGUGGGCGAUAAGGUCAUGGCUGGUUUUUCUCGCUGCAACAUUGCAAUUAACUCUGAAUUGCAGAGCCCCGUUGGCUUUCCACUUCGCUCUUGACCGAAACUUUGUGUUUUGCAGCACGGUAACUACUGCACUGCAUUGUCUUCACUGUUGUGCACUGCAAACUGC